GGCUCGGCCCCGGCGCCGCCCUCAGUCCCCAGGCGCAAGCUGACUAGGGUGGUUGGGACCGUUAGCUCGCCAGGCUGGCAGGCUCCGGGGCGCUACUCCACUGGCGGCCGGGAUGGAGACGAUGCGAGCGCAGAGGCUGCAGCCUGGUGUGGGCACCAGCGGGAGGGGCACUCUCCGAGCGCUGCGGCCCGGAGUGACUGGGGCCGCGGCUGCCGCCGCCACACCCCCUGCGGGCCCCCCGCCUGCCCCGCCGCCUCCCGCACCGCCCCCGCCGCCGCUGCUCCUGUCUGGGGCCCCGGGACUGCCCCUGCCCCCCGGCGCUGCCGGGAGCCCGGCAGUGCUGCGAGAGGCCGUGGAGGCCGUGGUGAGGAGCUUCGCCAAGCACACGCAGGGCUAUGGCCGAGUGAAUGUGGUGGAGGCACUUCAGGAAUUCUGGCAGAUGAAGCAAUCCCGUGGGGCUGACUUGAAGAAUGGGGCUCUAGUGGUUUAUGAGAUGGUUCCCUCCAACAGCCCUCCUUAUGUCUGCUAUGUCACCCUGCCUGGGGGAAGUUGCUUUGGGAGUUUCCAGUUUUGCCCCACAAAAGCUGAGGCCCGGAGAAGUGCUGCAAAGAUUGCACUAAUGAAUUCUGUGUUUAAUGAACAUCCUUCCCGAAGAAUCACUGAUGAGUUCAUUGAGAAGAGUGUCUCUGAGGCCCUGGCAUCUUUCAAUGGCAACAGGGAGGAAGCUGACAACCCAAAUACAGGGAUUGGUGCCUUCCGAUUCAUGCUGGAAUCCAACAAGGGCAAAUCAAUGUUGGAGUUCCAGGAGCUAAUGACAGUUUUUCAACUGCUACACUGGAAUGGCAGCCUUAAGGCCAUGAGAGAAAGACAAUGCUCUCGGCAGGAGGUGUUGGCUCAUUAUUCACACCGGGCCCUGGAUGAUGAUAUUCGCCACCAAAUGGCCUUGGACUGGGUGAGCCGGGAGCAGAGUGUGCCAGGGGCACUGUCUAGAGAGCUGGCCUCCACUGAGCGGGAGCUGGAUGAAGCUCGACUGGCAGGCAAGGAGCUGCGCUUCCACAAGGAGAAGAAAGAUAUUCUCAUGCUGGCUGCUGGGCAGUUGGGCAAUAUGCAUUCUUCCAACUGCUAGGCAUCCACCCGCAUACUCGCCAUCCUUUCCACAGCCUUUUUUGUAUGUCUCCUUUCUAAGAUUUAGGAUGAUUUUUUGUACAUACUUUCUCAAUUUUAUACUUAAAUAUAUAUAUAUAUAUAUAUAUAUAUAUAUGUAUGUAUAAAUUCUACACCUAGAUUCCUAUUUGCUAAGAGAUCCCUUUUCUUACUUCCAGUUUUUGGAUGCGGUUUUAUUUGCAACAUCUUUACUCCACUUUACAAGAAAGAGCAGGUUGUCUUUGAAGCUCUGUUAGCUCUUAAACUUCCAAAUUACCUCUGUAGUCAUUUCAGUAGCACUACAAGAUUAACUCAGUGUUCAUGUCUCCCUCUUUUCAAAUAUCAGGAUAAGGAUUAUGUGACCCAUCCUCACUGUCAUUCCUGCUUCCUCUUGGGCUCAAACAGGGUACAAGUAUGAAGAUACUGAACCUGCUUGGUAUCCCUUUCCUCCCACCAGUACCUUAUUCCUUCUCUGCCUCCAAAUGCCGCUUUGUUUUGAGGCUUCCCUACCUUAUUAUUCUGAAGGAAGAAGAGACCUUGCUUCUGAAACCAUUCCUAAGAAACUGCCCAGGGACAAGGUAAAUUACAAACAAUUCAUGGGAGUUUACUACCUAACUGCCUUCUAGGGCAUCUGUAUACCAUACUAGUAGUCUAGAUUUCUGGAUAUAUACUCUACAGUAAGAUGGGGGUUUUGUUUGAAACUGAUUAUCUUUCAGUAUUUCUUCUGCACAUCUCCCCUCCUCACCCAGCUUAGUUAAACCCUGUGUUUAGACCUUCCUGCCUGCAGAUAUUAGUAGAAGGUAAAACAUAUUUUCAUAUUUUCCUUCACCCAACAUUUUAUUUUCUGGAAGCGUUAUCAGUCCUAUUUGGAGGAUAUGUUCUCCAUAUUCCUGCUAAGUUGCUGCUGUUUACUACCUUAGAUUCUCAUUUGUUUUCUCUCUUUUCUUUCUUCUUCUUCUACAUUAACAUGAGUUCAUCAGAAAAAUUAAAUGAGACUUUAGUAUUUUGGCACUUCCUAAUUGAUACCUUGGGAGGCUGCAGUUAGGGAAAGAGAAUCAAUGAUCAGCUAUU